UUCCAGGAAGCGAGCAUCCAUACGGAACCUUUCAUCUGUGCCAAAUCGUGACUGCAAAUGCAAAAGCUUCAACAACAAAAAAUAGAUGAAAUCUGGUGUCUGAGAAAUGGAUAACAAUGAUCUUCAGGUUUAUGAAGAUGAAAUUCAAACUUUGGAAGAAGAAAUACAGAUAUUAACAGAAGAAUGGGAAAACAGACAGCAUGGAUCAAUGGCUUAUUCUGAGGGGGAGAUAAUGAAGACUAUAAAAUCAUCUAAAAGGAAAUAUCAAGAAGUUCUUGAGCAAUGCGAAUUUUCUCCAGACCUGAAAACACAGCUUGACUUGUUAGAGCAUGACCUCUCCUUCAUGAUGAAACUCACAGGCAUUUGGUUCACACAGUAUUCCAGGAAACCUGUGGCAAAGGAUCAAACUAAGAAUAUACACAAGUAUAGGUUAUCUGGAAACUGUCAGUCAGUGAUGUUUCACCUGGAAUUUCAACUGGUGGAAGAAAAUCAGAGUACCAAAAAUGUUUCAGCUGUUGUUACUGAUCUGAGCAUUAUAAUAGAAUCUGAGGAACUAUCUGAUUUAAAAAAGCUUGUCUGCAGAGUGGAAGAGAGCGGGGAUCUCUUGCUGUUCUUCAGGAGCCUUUCCCGCUUCUCUGAAUGGUGUGAACAUCGGAAACACACUUGGACCUACUUCAAGACUAAGUAUCCUGAAAUAGUAGUACUUCCUGAAGGAUCGUCUGGUGAUUACAUGAUCUUGAGAAGCACUCAGCUUCCUGGAUUUGAGUUAAUGGUGGUUUGGAAGAUAAACGUAGACAAAGAAGGAAAAGUUACACCAGUCUUAGAUCUUCUGAACAAGAUACCGAAGUCAGUUAAGGAAGCUGACAAAUUUGCAUCAGAGGCUCCAUUCUACUUCAGAAACUUACUACAUGUGCUUGGGAUACAAGCUUCCAUUGAAACCCUCAUACAAUCACUUUAACAAAGGCAAAUGAGUACCAAGAGACUAAGUUAUACAUCUAUCAUUUUAUUGAAUAUAAACAUUAAGUUAUCUUCCAUUUAGAAACCAUACCCAUAAAACAUGCUAUCUGUACAAUUAUGGCACAAAUAUAUAAAUUGUAAUGACAAAUAAAUACCGCCUUUUAAAUACAAAA